AGGUGGUCCAUCUACAUGGAAUCACAGAAUCUAACAGGUGUCUCAGAAUUCCUCCUCCUGGGCCUCUCAGAUGAUCCAAACCUGCAGCUCCUUCUUUUGGGGCUCUUCCUGUCCCUGUACCUGGUGACCUUGUUUGGGAACCUGCUCAUCAUCCUAGUCAUCAGCUCUGAUCCCCACCUCCACAUCCCAAUGUAUUUCUUCCUUUCCAGUUUGUCCUUGGCUGACAUCAGUAUCAGCACCACCACCAUCCCCAAGAUGCUGGUGAACCUCCAGACAUACAACAAAUCCAUCACCUAUAGAGGGUGUCUGACUCAGUUAACCUUUUUUUCUCUUUUUGCAUUUUUGGAGAGUCUCCUCCUGACAGUGAUGGCCUAUGAUCGGUUGGUGGCCAUUUGUAACCCUCUACACUACCUGGUCAUCAUGAAUCCCCGUACCUGUGGCAUGUUGGUCCUGGCAUCAUUUUUCAUCAGCUUUUUGACCUCCCUGCUGCACUACUUGAUGAUGUUACAGCUUACCUUCUGCACAAAUGUAAAAAUCCCUCAUUUCUUUUGUGAUCCUCCUCAACUUGUCAACCUUGCCUGUUCCAACACCUCCAUCAGUAACCUAUUAAUCUAUUUCAUUGGUACUAUCUUUGGUGGAGUUCCACUCUUAGGAAUCCUUUACUCUUAUGCUCGAAUUAUAUCCUCCAUUCUAAGAGUCUCCUCAUCAGAUGGGAAGUACAAAGCCUUCUCCACCUGUGGCUCUCACCUGUCAGUUGUUUGCUUAUUUUUUGGAACAGGCCUUGGGAUGUACGUUAGUUCAACUGUCUUAUCUUCCCCCAGGAAGAGUGCAGUGGCCUCGGUGAUGUACACUGUAGUCACCCCUAUGCUGAACCCCUUCAUCUACAGUCUAAGGAACAAGGACAUCAAGAGUGCCCUGUGGAGAAUUAUCAUCAGAAAAGCCUAA